AUAUAUAAUCGACCAUUCGACCCUCGCGUCUUUCCCGAACCAACAACCACUUUCCUCCUCCUCCUCCGCUACCACCACCGCGUCCCACGUAAAAGACGAAAAUGCGCUCAUCCGUCCUUCUCCUCUUCCUCCUAUCUGUAUUCUCCCUCACCAGAGCGGAGAUCAAGACUCUGACAAUAGCGGACGACAAUCGCCCCAUGAUCCUCUUCGAGAAAUUCGGGUUCACCCACACCGGUCAUGUCACAAUCUCAGUUUCUUCAGUCUCCGUUGCCUCCCCCGUCAAUGUCCCCAGCCCAAUACCGUCAAGGUUAGGCUUCUUUCUCCUCUCCGAGGAGACUCUGAUCCAGGUCCUCAUCGAGAUCCAGCAGAACCCACAGUUCUGCGUCCUCGAUUCCCAAUACAUCAAUGUCCUCUUCACCUUGCGUGAACUUGCUCCGCCGCCGUCUUCAUCCUUCAAUCAGUCGUAUCCGGUUACUGCCCCUAACGAGUACUCUCUCUUCUUUGCCAACUGUGCGCCCGAGUCCCGGGUUUCCAUGUCUGUACGCACCGAGGUCUACAACCUCGACCGUGACGGCUCCAAGGAUUUCCUCUCCGCUGGCCUCACACAACUGCCCUCCCUCUACUUUCUAUUUUUCCUCGCUUAUCUCGUCUUCCUCGGCUUUUGGGGCUACAUCUGUUACAGCAGCAAGCUGUCCGUCCACCGGAUCCAUCUCUUGAUGGCAGGGUUGCUCUUGAUGAAGGCUCUCAACCUGAUCUGUGCUGCCGAGGAUAAGCAUUACGUGAAGGUUACGGGAACCCCACAUGGAUGGGAUGUACUGUUCUACAUUUUCCAGUUUAUUCGCGUUGUGUUGCUUUUCACGGUUAUUGUGUUGGUUGGAACUGGUUGGUCGUUCUUGAAGCCAUUCCUGCAAGAGAAGGAGAAGAAGGUGUUGAUGAUUGUGAUUCCACUUCAGGUGUUGGCCAAUUUGGCGUCAGUGGUGAUCGGCGAGACUGGGCCGUUUAUCAAGGACUGGGUAACCUGGAAUCAGGUGUUCUUGUUGGUGGAUAUCAUAUGCUGUUGCGCGAUUAUCUUCCCUAUUGUGUGGUCGAUCAGAUCUCUAAGAGAGACAUCGAAGACUGAUGGGAAGGCAGCGAGGAACCUGGCAAAAUUGACUCUUUUCAGGCAGUUCUACAUUGUGGUGAUAGGGUAUUUGUAUUUUACGAGAAUUGUGGUCCUUGCACUUAAGACCAUAGCUGCAUACAAGUACGAGUGGGUGAGUAAUGCGGCUGAGGAGAUAGCCAGUCUGGUGUUUUAUGUUGUGAUGUUCUACAUGUUUAGGCCGGUGGAGAAGAAUGAAUACUUUGUUCUUGAUGAGGAGGAAGAGGAGGCUGCUGAGCUGGCUUUGAGGGAGGAAGAGUUCGAGCUCUGAAAUGGACGCUUUUAGCUGCUGCACUGCCUCACUUGUUCCAAUACUUCAGUGGAUUUAAUCAUAGAAUUGCUGGGUCAGGUCUCUGAUUUACCUUCUUUUUUUAUUUGUGUUACAAGAACCGAAGAACGCUUAUAUUGAUCAAAGUAGAGCCUUUAUUUCUUGUUAAUGGAAUAUCGUUGAAAUCUGAAUCUUAAGGUGAGUUCGAACUUUGUUGUCUUUAAAUUCUUUGGAAAUGUUUGUCGACCAUUAGGCUUUACCCUAUAGCCUAUGCAAUAUGAAUCAUUAGAUGCAUCUGUUGCAUUUUGAUAUUGUUGGUUGUUUCACUUUCUGUUGAUUGUUGCUACUUGACAAGGUUGAACUUAAGUUCUUGGAUGAUGGGAGUUUCACUUAAUGUUAUUAUAGUUAAUUAUUCUA